CCUUUUCGCGGAAUAUCCCUCACAACAAAUAUGGCCGACUUCUGUUGAUAGUUUGGUAGCGUUACCAAAAGUUUUUGAUCUUGUCUGCUGAAUCUAAGGUGCAUCUAGCUCGGGAAUAUUGUCAUUUGGAUACCAUGGAUACCGAUCCCGCCAUUGUCAUGAGUGACAGUCUCAAGAGACUCGCCAGUUUCCAGGAGUACCCUCUGCCAUCACCGGGGGGUAGGAACCACGCGUCUUUGUUGAGGUAUAAUUCACCCCUCAAGUUGUCAAAGGCUGGGUUUUUUCGCCCCCCUAAUGCUCGUGGGGACGAGGUGAAGUGUUUCAAGUGUUUUGUGUCCCACUGGGGGUGGUCAGGCGAGUCGCCGAUGGCCGUGCACCGAAUUCUGAGUCCAGACUGUGCGUUCGUAGCGAGACAUACACCGGCAAUUUUGACAGCUCGGACACCCGGGAGAAUACGAACAGGUGCCCCUUGUAACGUUCGGAGACGUCUACAGAUGGGCUCACCGACGUCGACGGAGGGUACACAUGCUGUCACAGACGCAGGCAUCCAGGAACAGAGCGUUCUCGAGGUAUAUGACAGAUAUAAUAGUAAUACUCCCAGAACACCCGAACAUUCUGACAGUGAGACUGAGGGUGAAGGACAGACUGGGUCAAUGUUGUUCGAGAGUCACAGACUUCUCACCUACCCCAGCCCCACCCACCCACGUGCUGAGGAGUGGGCUGGGUCGGGGUUUGUGUACCAGAGGGAUGGGGGCGUGGUACGGUGUGUGUUCUGUGGGCUAACGACGACAUAUGAUGAAGGCGAACCUGCAUCACUUCACCAGGAAAAGUCCAAGAAUUGUCCUCUUGUGAAGUAUCUGGAUGUUGGGAAUAUCCCGAGAGACUUAGAAAAUAAGAUCCGAUCACAACAUCUUGAACAAUCUUGUGACAACAAUUUUGUGAGUGGUGACCCCAUGUUUAAACAUCCUCAGUUUGAGGAAACACAGGGCAGACUAGAGACAUUCAAGUAUUGGUCUAAACAAAUCAGACCAACAGCUGAUCAGCUUUGCCAAGCAGGGUUUUAUUUCACUGGGUACGCAGACAGGGUUGUGUGUUUCGCCUGUGGGUGCAGCCUGAGGAACUGGGACCCAGAGGCAGACCCCUGGGUGCAGCAUGCUAGACACGCCCCUCACUGUGUGUACGUGAAGCAGCAAAAGGGAGACAACUUUGUCAUGGAUGCUCAGGAGGCUGAGACUCUAACAGAGACUGACACAGUUGAUGACCAGUGCAGCACUUCUGGCUCCCCAGCCACGCCCUCCCCACUCCGCCCGAGUCUGGACAUGGAGGCCAUCAAGGCAGCCUUGGCAUGUCAGUAUGAUGUACAGCAAAUCCGUCAAGCCGUUCUCAAAUUCUUUAUCUUGUCCCGUGGGUUCUACCCUAAUGAUGCACUCCUCCUUGGCACACUGCGAGCUUCCGACGUUAACUUCUCCCAGCUACAGAAACAAAGGGAGACAAUCUACACCAACUACAUGAGUCUCAUCAGACAGAGCGAGGCGCUCCAGCAGCAUAAGCAGGAGAUAGCGAGGAACAAGGAGGAUAAAGAGCGGACCCAGGAGGAGUAUCACACAGAGCUGAGUCGGGAGCAGGCACAGAGACGGUGCGAGGUGCGGGACCUGCAGGUGCACAACAGGACACUGACAGACAGGCUGCAGGGCCAGGCCCAGGUCAUGCAGAGACACUCACAGGUGGUGCAGGACAAGGACCACCAGCUGCAGGACAAGGACCACCAGCUGGGACACCAGGGAGAAGAGCUGGACAGGAAACAGAGGGCACUGAACAGUCUGGCUGUGGAGAACAGGAGGCAGGCUGAGGAGAACAGGAGAAAGGAUGAGGAGAACAGGAGGCAGGCUGAGGAGAUGAGGAGGCAGGCUGAGGAGAACAGGAGGCAGGCUGAGGAGAUGAGGAGGCAGGCUGAGGAGAACAGGAGGCAGGCUGAGGAGUUGGAGAGACUGAAGCAGCUUCUGCAAGCUAACAACAUUCAGAACAAUGGGCCAGUCAAUGCCAACAACAACGCUGCUGCUGCUGUUGCCCCUGUUGUCCCUGUCGCCGCUGUUGCUCCUGCUGUGCCUGCUGUCUCCAACAACCUACGGUGUAAGGUGUGUCUGGAGGAGGAGGCCCAGUGUUUGUUCCGCCCGUGUCGACACGUGUGCUGCGGGACUCAGUGUGCCCCACACUUCAUCGGAAACAGGUGCCCCAUUUGCAGGGACAACGUCAGCGACUGGGAGAUCGUCUAUGUGGCUUAGGAUGGACCACGCUUCAUCGGGAACAGGUUCCCCAUCUGCAGGGACAACAUCAACGACUGGGAGAUCGUCUAUGUGGCUUAGGAUAGAGAAUGAGGAUUUUGUUAUGUAACAAAUCAAUUAAAAACAAAUUUAUUUUCAUAAGAGAAAAUAUUACCGACUGUUCAACAUAUAUAUCAACAUAUGACUUUGGUUGAAUAGAAUGUGAAAUUGCUAGUUUCCAACUACUUACAUAAUUAUAUAAAGUGAAUUCUUCAAGGACUUCAUAACCUACACAGAUACCUUUUCUUAGGUACAUGCUGGUCAUGCUAUUCAGACAUUACAGAAAUGAAAUGUUCUAUUUAUAUACAACAAUUAUUUCUUAAUUAUUCUCAAGACUCUGGAACUAUUUUAGAUAGUGUCUCUCCUUCUAUUGCAUGUACACAUACAUAUACACAUGGAGGGGUGCAUCGACCUUACUGGUGGGCCCUUGGGCUCUUGACUAAACCUUUAGUCAUGUAGUCCUCUGUACAUAUCUGAAUGUUCAUCGGUAUCUGUCUAUUUAUAUCCAUGUCUGUCUCUGUGAGGCUGCUGGCAGCUAUACAUGUUAUUCUGUCCUGGUGAAUAAUCUCUUAUACCACACUUUGUCAUUAUAGAUAGAUAUACUUUACAGUUGGCCUUACUUUAUGUGGUUAAUGAUGUUUGAUUCUGUUUAUAUUGUUCAUGAUUGUAAAUAGUUGUGGGUACACAGUAACGGGCUUGUAAUUUUGUCUGUGGACUCUCAUAUUCACCAGCCAUGCACAUAAUACCCUGUUUCGGCUUGCCUUGUUCAUUAUUGGUAGACACAAGGUCUGGGUAAUGCUAUUUAAGAUGAAUUUUGUUUUAUACUGUUCGUGAUUUGUAAAUAGUAUUUGGUGUGUUGUAGAGGGCAUGCACUUUAUCACUCAUUAACACUCAUACCACAGAUAUAUUACCGGGACAUUUUUCAUCUUUCCAUGAAAGUAUCUCACAGUUGAUGUACAUACAUUAUUAGAGGCAGCAUAUCAUGUUAUCAUGUUUGUUAUGAUUUUGUCCGAAUCAUUUUAUCAUUACCGGUAAUAUUCACAAGUACCAUCGGUCUCAGAGUUGAACCACUGCCAGCAGAGAUCUCUAGUAACCAUUAUUACCAAAACCAGACCAGGUUCACAGCAGGUUACUUUUUGGGGUGUAACACACAUUUACACGCAGCGAUACCAUACAUAGUAUGUGUACCCAUGUAUCAAUUCAUGAUUUAGUGGUCUGUUGAAGUUUUGUAAUAGCCCGUCAUGAUAACUACUCGGUCUUGUGUUUCUAUGCUACCUCUCACAAAACCAAAUUUGGGUAUUACUAUUAGAACGAGCCCAAAUUAGUGAGUCAUGCGAGUUUAAUACAAAUUUUCACCCACACCCCACACCCCACACCCCUCCCCAGUUAUCUUGUGUGAUCUAUGUUGAAUGUGUACAGGCAGCAACAUCUAUACAUACAUCAUCUGUGCCAGUGACAUCAUUCUUACAACUACAGCAACAACACAUCAUUUCACACAACUUCCAUGUCAUCACAGUGCUAGCAGGUUUUUUAUGACCUAUAUAUCAUACCAACCUAUUACAUCUCAUGAUAAAUUCACCAGUUCCUUUGUUUCAGAUCUCACCAAAGGAUUUUUAUUAAUUAAUCUUUAUAAACAAGUUUUAUUUCAUGAGUUAUUUCAAAAUUUAAUUUAGAUUAAGGCAUGGUGACUAUAAUUAUUAGCUUGUGUUCUUUUGCAAGGGGGAAAUGAGAGUUAUCUCCCCUUCCUCUAACCAUUGGUAAAUAUGUAGGUUGAAAUUUUCGUAUAUUAUAGAUAUUAAAGGGUUUCCUUUGAUAUAUGUGCUAAUAUUUUUUUUUGUAAAUAGGCAGUUAUAUUAUUGAGCAAAUCUGUUAUCUUGUUAAAUGUGUUAUUUCCAUAUCUCAUAGUGCUUAUAGAUCAUGUCUGUGCCAUACCUUAACUUGGUGCAGCUUUACAUUUUACACCAACCAGUAUGUUUGGACAUAUAGGUUUUCUUUUAUAGAUGUUUUAGCAAUAUGAAGUAUUAGCUGUAAUUAUUUGAAUCACAUCAAUUUGGUUCACUUGAUGUGACAAUGUUUUUGGUGCAGGUACAAAUUUGUGGCUAAUGCACCAGAGGUAGAAUAUCACCUGGGGGUUUCUUCAGAUGGAUAGACAUUUUUUUAUGUUGAGACACUUGUCAUUUUGCUAUGGUGAAUUUGCUGAAGUUUGUACAUAUUAUAUAAAAGUGUCCAUAUGAAACUAUAGCUGUCUGCACUUUGAAGGAAUGAAUUAAAUAGAAUUUUCUUAAUCAUGUUCAUCUAGUUAACAGCAUCUUAUAUUUGAUGCUGAAUGCCAGAAUGGAGCUCUCAGACACAUUAAAAUGUGUUAUAUCAUUUCGUUCUUGUGAACUUUUUUCUUAGUUUCAUGAAUAGAGCAGGAUUGUGAAUGUGCACAGUCAGUCUUAUAAAUAAAUUCUUUUUAAGAAAAUGAUAAUACAUUUUAUAAGAGCAGUGACCUAAACUGUUAUAAUUUUAAAGCAUGUUUGUUAUUAUUUAUUGUACUUGAACAGUCUAUUUCUCAAAUCCAAGGCUUUAUUUAGGCUAUGGGGCGAUGUUUCAACAAAAGGCUUAAAUAUCAAAUACAAUUACUGUUUAUGAUUUCCUAGGAUAUUUUCUAUCUAAUAUCUUCAUAUUGUUCAGUUUGACUAUGCUAGGUCAUAUUCAUGUAUCAUACUUUGAUAUCCAUAUCAUAUUUGGUGUACUUGAUCAAGACAAAAUAAUGCUUUCAAGGAACAUAAUGUAUCACUACAUGGGGCCAAGAUAUUUCACAAUCACCCACACUCAGCAAUAUUUCAUAAUUAUUCCAACUAUAUGUCAGUCACGGAUGAGUAUCAAAGUUUACAAAACUCAUUCUUUUUCUAAUCAGUCCUCUUCAUCUUCGAUAUUUUUUUAUAUUGAAUAUACUGGUUAGGAACAUUGAUCAAAGAGGCUAUAGAAAUAUGAACAUUGUACAUUCAAUAGAGUUAAUAUUUGUGGAACAUUUUGUAAGUAAGUUUUAUGGAAUAUGGAAUAAAUAACAUUAAUACAUACCCCA